AUGGAAAACGCCGGUAAAGCCCCGGCAGUUGAAUCGCCGCGUGAGAUCUUCUUACGUUUGAUGAGCGAGGAUUCUUCUGGUGGGUGGGAGAAGACCUGGGAAGAAGGAGCAACUCCAUGGGACUUAGGGAAACCAACUCCGAUCAUUGUGCAUCUCACCGAGACUGGUUCAUUACCUAAUGGCAGAGCUCUAGUUCCUGGUUGUGGCACUGGCUAUGAUGUGGUGGCAAUGGCCUGCCCUGAUCGUCAUGUCAUUGGACUAGAUGUAUCAAAAACUGCGGUUGAGCGAUCAACAAAGAAGUUUUCCUCACUGCCCAAUGCAAAAUAUUUCUCUUUCUUGACUGAAGACUUCUUCACUUGGGAGCCAGCUGAAAAAUUCGAUCUCAUUGUUGAUUAUACUUUCUUCUGUGCCUUUGAACCUGGCGUGAGACCUCUAUGGGCACAGCGUAUGGAAAAACUUCUUAAACCCGGUGGGGAGCUUAUAACAUUGAUGUUUCCUAUCGAGGAGCGUGCUGAAGGUCCUCCGUAUACAGUUUCUGUGUCUGAAUACGAGAAGGUUUUGAUUCCAUUGGGGUUUGAAGCAACCUCCAUUGUGGAUAACGAACUUGCUGUUGGACCACGCAAGGGAAUAGAGAAGAUUGGAAGAUGGAGAAAACCUUGCACGUUACGCUCUACCUUUGAUCUACCAAUGGAUAUCAAAGAGCCUCCUGGUAACCUCGUCACCUCUAAAUUGUUUUCGUUUUUUAGUAAUCUUCAGGAUUUCGAUGUUAAACGACUGUUAAUGACUACCUUCACACUCAUAAUAGAACAGAACGGCUAUGAUCUGUGUUGUUUUUUAGGUGGAUGGGAAAAAAUUUGGGCAGAAGGACGCACACUGUGGGAUUUAGGUGAAGCAACUCCCAUUGUUGUCCACCUCUGCGAAACUGGUUCAUUGCCUAAUGGAAGAGCUUUAGUUCCCGGUUGUGGCACGGGCUAUGAUGUGGUUGUGAUGGCAAACCCUGACCGUUAUGUUGUUGGACUCGAUCUUUCAAAAACCUCGGUAGAAAGAUCAACAAAGAUGUUCUCUUCAUUGCCUAAUUCAAAACAUUUCUCCUUCUUGGAAGAAGACUUCUUCACUUGGGAACCAACCGAAAAAUUCGACCUCAUUUUCGACUACAAUUUCUUCUGUGCAUUUGAACCUGAAGUGCGACCUUUAUGGGCUAAUAAGCGUAUGGAACAACUUCUGAAACCCGGUGGAGAGCUUAUAACAUUGAUUUUUCCUUUAGAUGAUCGCGUUGGUGGACCUCCUUACCAAGUAUCAGUCUCAGAGUAA